GCCAAGCCUCCGACAUGGACCGGUUGGUUUGGUUCUCUCUCCUGCUCAGCUACCUGCCAGUAACGGAGAGCUGCUUAUCACAGCCAAACAAGAUGAUGUGGUGGAAACCCGGACAAUUUGCUGUUCUCAAGUGUAUCGUCAGUCCACCUUGUUCAGCCAGCCUGCAUUAUGAGUGGUUUACCUUUAAGGAAAACUGCCAUCUCCGUCUCAACCUGAAUGGCGAUAAUCACAGGUACAGCCUGGACGGAGCAUCUUUAAACAUCAAGUCACUUCACGUUAAUGACAGCGGGAUCUACCACUGUGCAGUAUCGAGAGAAAACCCAGCACAAGGCGCCCAAUAUGUAGGGUUGGGUACAACUCUUGUGGUUAGGGAACAAAAAAGAACAAUGAUGAAGCCCAUUAUAUGGGUAUCAUUUGCCCUCUUGGCCAUCUACAGCACGACAGUAGUGGCACUUAUGAUAAAGAAGUGUGGCUGCAAUAUGAGCGUCUGCAGAAGUGUGCGCAAAACUGACAAGAAAAACUCAACUAAAACAGCACAGUUUGGUGAUGUGCUUCAAGAAAUGUACAGCAAAGGGAAAUUGGACAAAGGCAAAAAAACUGUGAGCAGAAACCGUCCUCAAGCUGAGGCUGCAAGCACGGAGUUCAAGACCUCAACUGAUGACGUCUAUCAAAAUGUUUAGGUGUCAUAAAAGGAUAUUAAACGACUCAGACCUCCAUCAUCAGGGUCGAGUGGAAAUUCUGAUGCCAUGAACCACCUGACAGAGGACGCCAUUAUGUGACAGAGGAAGGGAGCAAAUCAUCAAAGGCUGCAAGUUAAUCGAGUGCUUGCUCACCUUUUCUCAUGAAGUGAGACAUAACAACCACAACAAACAAUUUUCCAGUUUCAGCAGUGAUGGACAGACAGACUCUCUCUGAAGGCAUUAUAGUUUUAUUUAUGUUCUGUUGAUUGUAAUUAAUGUGGGAGCACCUUCAACCUUUUUUAAAAAAAACAGGGCAGUGUUUACAUGGGAAAAGAAAUAAAGAAAAUCCAGUUCAAUUCAGAAAUCCAGCAGAGUCACAUGAUUUUAAUUCCUCAAGUUAAUUCCUUCUAUAUAUUUGUGAAUCACAAACUUGUCUCAACAUUCUGGUAAUAGUUGUGUACAAACGCAUUAUUAAGCAAGAACACUGUACAUAAAACAUAAAAUCAUUUUAAACAACGUAAUGACAUUAGAGGCACAUUACUGAUCUAUUUACAUAGAAUAGCAGUGGCAGUAGUAUAGAGCAAAAGGUUGUACUUUUGAUGCUGAAGUGGCUUUUGCUCUGAAAAACGAUCAUCAACUGAUAAACUUACAGUAAGGCAAUAAUUCAACUUGAUGUGUUUGUGAAGCAUCUUGCGGUGUCAUAUUCUGUACAAUAACUUUUAUGCAAAUACCAACAGAAACAAUCCAGACAGUUAACGUUAGAAUGUACUUUAUGAAGUCAAAGAGGAUGUUUACAUGUCAAUGUGCAUUUUUACACAUUAAAGCUGUGAUAUGAAAUUUUGGAUUUAUACCAUUCACUCAAACAUCCUUUGGUCAUAGUGCGUGUGAAUUCUUCCCUUUCUGCCUUCUAUCUCCUAUGAUUCAGCCUGAGUGGUGUGAGCCGCGUUUUGACGUAAAACAUUUAAGCUCUCCUCAAGUAUUGGUUAUAAUUUACAGUGACACACAGGUCUGCAUAAGGCCCCACAGAUCGAUCAAAUAAAUGCAUAUCAGACCAUCAAGUUGAAUCACUGUAUUUUGGAGCAUGGCAGGAAUUAAAUCUACAACUGCUAAUUUUGCUCAUGUUUAAAGCAAAAAUGCACUGAAGCAACUAAUCAUAUAUAACCAAAUGUUGGAGGUAGACCUUUAGCUGCUAAAGCUUUUUUUUAAAAAAGAAUUUGUAUUGGCUGUUACCAUUAAUGAAAGAUACUUGUAUUUUUCACAGUAUGAAACACUUAUUGUCAAGACUAUCUUAAUUUACAUUCAGUUUCAAAGUACAGUUCCUCUAUUAAGAACAAAACAGUAUGUUUCACAUACCUUCUGAGGUAUUGGUCCUUUAUUAAAGAGCACAACAAUCAUGCAGGAUGUUCCUGUU